AUGAAUUCAUACACUACACCCGAUCGACACGGUUACAGUGUAAGCUUCUCAUUAUUUGAGGCUAAGCAUAUGCUGUUGGCUACGUCACAGCUUUAUGGAUUGGCAGGUGGAGGCACACUAUUUUUGCUAGAACAGUCAAACGACAACACGACUGGUAGCAUAAGUGGCCUGAAAGAACUCGGUCGCUUAGAGUGGACAGAUGGUCUUUUCGAUGUUGCUUGGUGUCCAUAUGCAGACAACAUAGCGGCCACUGCUUCUGGUGACGGUUCUUUACAAAUAUGGGGCGGUCUCGAUGAAGAGAGCAUAUUGAAACCCACAGAAAAACCAAUCAUCUGCCUACAGGAACACAAAAAUGAGGUGUAUAGCAUUGAUUGGGGUGAGCAGUGGAAUUACCACCAACUGCUCUCUGCCAGCUGGGAUAGUACACUGAAAUUGUGGGACUGUAAUCGGCAGCACUCAUUAUCCACAUUUACCGGUCACACCGACCUCAUCUAUAGUGCAAAAUUCUCUCCACUCAUUGGAAAUCUCUUUGCUAGUGUAAGUACGGAUGGAUAUUUGAACUUAUGGAAUUCUCUUGAUUUUUCAGGUAAACCAUUGAUGAGCAUACAAGCUGCGGACUCAAGCGCAAAUGAACUGCUCUCUUUGGACUGGAGUUGCUAUGAUCGUAAUACUCUAGUAAGUGGUGGCUCCGAUGGUAUUGUGCGCUGUUGGGACUUACGUAAUAUGCGACAACACGUCUUUGAACUACACUCUGGUGAAUUGGCAGUACGUCGUUUGGCUUUCUCUCCACACACAUCUACUGUCCUCGCAGCAGCCAAUUAUGAUUUCACUACUAGAAUUUGGAAUUAUGGUAAGUCAUUGGACGCUUUAGAAGUUAAUGAACACCACUCCGAGUUCGUUUGUGGUUUGGAUUGGAACAUACAUAAGCCUAAUCAAUUAGCGGACUGCGGUUGGGAUGCAGUGGUUAAUGUCUACACACCCACGUCACUCAAAGUUUGAGGCGAAUCCGCACUCAUCUGUAUAAUUGUGUAAAUAUUUUGUGAUACUCGCUUUAAGUCGUAAGCGACUUCAAUUAUGUUUAAGGAAGCAGAACAAAUGCAACGCUUAGCGGGCCCACUAAUCAACGCAUCUUCUCCGACUGGGUACAUACAAAUGCGCACUGGAUAGGAACUGCACAAAAAUGUGAUGGCAAAGCUAUUCAAAAUGAAAUUUCGAAAAUGUGAUAGAAUAACAAUAAACUUUAAGAGAAACUGCCUAAUUAUAGUUUGAA